UCGAUAGCGAGCCGUGCUCGAAUAUAGGACAACAACCUCUAUUUAAUAUUCAACCAAUUACUUUCCAAGCUUUCCGAUGUUUGUUAGACUUUUAUUUUGUCCAGCAGGAAGCACUUUUAUAGAUCCACAAACUUGAGAGUCAUAGAGGAGAUAAAGAUGUCCUCGCUUGACAGAGUGAAAGUGUUAGUCUUGGGAGAUUCAGGUGUUGGAAAGUCAUCUUUAGUUCACCUGUUGUGCCAUAAUCAAGUUUUGGGAAAUCCUUCAUGGACAGUUGGCUGUUCUGUGGAUGUCAGGGUCCAUGACUAUAAAGAAGGUACUCCAGAGGAGAAGACUUACUACAUUGAACUGUGGGAUGUUGGAGGCUCUGUAGGAAGCGCCAGUAGUGUUAAAAGCACCAGAGCCGUUUUCUACAAUUCAGUUAAUGGCAUUAUUUUAGUUCAUGAUCUGACCAACAAAAAAUCCUCCCAGAAUCUGUGUCGCUGGUCAAUGGAGGCAUUGAGCAAAGACUCUUCUCCUACAGGCGUCAUUGUGUCAAAUGGGGAUUAUGACCGAGAGCAGUUUGCAGACAACACCGUCCCUCUCCUGCUAAUUGGCACGAAGUACGAUCAGAUUCCUGAAAACAAGAGGAAUGACGUCCUGACUCGCACCGCUUUCCUGUCUGAAGAUUUCAACGCAGAGGAGAUUAACCUGGACUGUACAAAUCCACGCUACUUUGCUGCUGGCUCAUCUAAUGCUGUAAAACUGAGCAGAUUUUUUGACAAGGUUAUAGAGAAGAGAUAUUUCAGUAGAGACCCGAGUCAGAUGACAGGUUUCACAGAGAGGAAGCGCUUCAACUUCAAGAGUCUUCACUACGACUAAACGUGUGGAAAUACUUCAGAGGCUUGUGGUUUCACAACCUGUAACAUUUACCAAACUUGCUCUCACUUCCAUUUGACCAUUAAAAGACCUCUUCUAUUUUUUAUAUAGUGACGGGAGAAUAAGACUCACUUAAAGUGUGUUUACAUAUUUUACACAACAACUCAUUUAUCCUUUGCAUGUGUAAAAUGUACAAUUGUAUAAAACUUUGACUGGAAAAGGAGCCUGUACUUUCUUAAUUUUUUCUUAAAGCUUAAUUUGUAAACAGCAGGUCCUUAUCCUGUUUCCACGUCAUGAGCCACAUAAUAUAAUUACUCAAAAAUAAUCCUUUCUGUAUCUGCUUAUGAUGUUAAACAAUGAUUUAUCCUUAAUGAUAGGGUUUUUUUUUUAUUUCUGUUUACUUUAUUUAAUAAAAGUCUUUAAUUUA